UUACGUCACCAGCUGGGUGAAUGAUUUCAGUUAGCAAUGGAGGCUUACAUCAGCUGGUGGCGGAGCUUUUGACAGGAAGGAUUUGGCUGCUCUGGGGUCCAGAUAGCAGAUAUGGUGAGGCACAGCACCAUGUCGGAACUGCAAACCAUCCAGCACCCUCAGGGUAACCCCCUGGCCGCGGGCCAAGUAGGACAGAACUGUACGAGAAUCCAGGACAAUGGGAACGACACAGAAGAACCCCAGGCCCUCUCGCUAGGUCCAGCAGAGAUUGAAAAAAGUCAGCCAGUAAACAUCCCAGAUUUUGUUAAGAGGAAAAAGAAGAAACGGACCAGAGCAACAGACAGCUUCACAGGCACCUUCCAUGAUCUCUACAAGCUGACCGAUGAGGUACUAGGCCAGGGGGCAUAUGCUAAAGUUCAAGGAUGUAUCAGCCUACAAAAUGAAAAGGAGUUUGCUGUGAAAAUCAUAGAAAAGGCUGCAGGGCACAGCCGCAGCAGAGUAUUUAGAGAAGUGGAGACUUUAUAUCAGUGUCAAGGAAACAAGAACAUUCUGGAACUGAUCCAGUUCUUUGAAGAUAGCUCCUACUUCUAUCUGGUGUUUGAAAAGCUGCGCGGAGGCUCCAUUCUUACACACAUCCAGAGCCAAAAGCACUUUAAUGAACUGGAGGCCAGCAAGGUAGUCAGGGACAUCGCCAUAGCUUUGGACUUUCUACACACAAAGGGCAUUGCCCAUAGAGACCUCAAGCUGGAAAACAUCCUCUGUGAAUACACCGACCGGGUGUCGCCAGUAAAAAUCUGCGACUUUGAUCUGGGGAGUGGAGUGAAGCUCAGCAGUGCCUGCACUCCCAUAACUACGCCAGAGCUCACCACACCAUGUGGCUCGGCUGAGUAUAUGGCUCCAGAAGUAGUGGAGGCGUUCACGGAUGAAGACUCCUUCUACGACAAGCGCUGUGACCUUUGGAGCCUUGGGGUCAUCCUCUACAUCCUGCUGAGUGGAAGCCCCCCCUUCACGGGUCACUGUGGCACUGACUGUGGCUGGGACCGUGGAGAAGCAUGCAGAGCGUGCCAGAGCCAUCUGUUUGAGAGCAUCCAGGAGGGCAAGUACGAGUUUCCAGACAAGGACUGGGCACACAUCACAGAAGAAGCCAAGGAUCUCAUAUCCAAGCUGCUGGUUCGGGACUCCACUCUGCGCCUCAGUGCUGCUCAGGUGUUACAGCAUCCUUGGGUCCAAGGGAAUGCACCAGAGAGAGGUCUUCCAACUCCUCGUGUUCUACAGAGAAACAGCAGCACUAAAGACCUAACCCAGUUUGCAGCAGAAGCCAUUGCCUUUAACCGGCAGCUGUCCCAGCAUGAUGAGCAGCAGGAGGAUUCAGGGGCCAUCGUCUGCUCCAUGAGGCUGUCCCCUCCUUCAAAGUCAAGACUGGCCCGCAGACGAGCCCAGUCCAAUGCUAUGCGCAGCGGUGACUUCGCUCCUGGUUCUGAUGACCUCGCAGCCUGAAACACCAGCAUGAACAUCCUCCUUGUUCACCUUUCUAACCUAUUUGAGUUUUUUUGGCUCUUUUUUUAACAGGAAUCUUAUAGAAAUGCCGACCUGGCAUUAGGUGGAAACUUGUGUGGACUUAGUUUUACCUUUUCAAAAAAACUUUUUUUUUUUUUACUUUACAGAUUUAUUUAUUGGUAAUUAUUAGCUGAAACGGAUAAAACAAACCUCUAUCAGUGCCAGCAGGUAAUAUUCUAGUACAUAUCAAGAACAGAAUUUUAGAUGUGCACUUUUUUUAAUGUCUUCAUCCAAAAAAAUUUUAUUUUGGGAGAUUUUAUUAUUUCUUGUUGUUUUGUUGUUGUUGUUAAUUGUUAAAAGCUGCCGUAACUGGAUGAUGUUUUUCUAGGCACACACAGACGGAUGUUUUUGGAUGUUGAUGGGUGUUUGUAUUUAAAUAUGAAGGAUCUAGAUGGAUGAUUGUUGGAGUUUACAGCACCUUUCCUUUAUAUUACCUGCUAAAGUCAUAAUGUGUUAUUGUAUUACAGCAUGGGUGCUAAAUUCAGGUGCAAAAAUUAAGAGGCUUUUCUCUGCAACACAAGCUACCUGGAGCACUUUACGUACUUUAAAAUCAGCCAGUUUUAAAUAAAUGGAAAAGAAGCCCAUCUGUGCCAUUUUAAAGAAAAAAACAUCCCGAGAAUCUAUGAGUUAAAGUUGUUAUGAAGAGGUAACAUUUUAUUUUUAAUGGAUAGUUAUUAGAUAAGAAGUUCUGCUUAUAAUUAAUCACAUUAUUUAUAAAUUUACAGUUGGGAUUAGAUAUAUCUUAAGUCAAAUAUGAAUUGAAUUUGAGUAAUUUGGCUCUUUUAAUGCUGUCCUAUUUUUACUUCAAUUAUCUUCAUUAGUAUUAAAUUUAUUAUUUUUAUUAUUACUACAACCCAAAAUGCAAUGUACAGUUAUGUAUGAAACACCCUACCUCAUAACUCUUUAUCAUAACUUAUUCCAUUAACCACUUUAUUACUAACUUUAGAAAAAAGCCUCACUUUUCAUAAAUGUGAAAUCCAUCAUUUUUAUUUUAGAAUUCAUACAUGCAGGUGAACAAGACAUCUUCUGUGAUAUAUUUUUUCUUUAAGGUUGUAGAAAUGGGCUUCCAUGGUGUAAUGGAAAUAUACAUAAAGCAUUUAUUUAAAAUAUUCAAGAAAUGACAAAAUACUUCCAUUAUUAUUUAUUUCUUUUCAAGUGUAACUCCAUAACAGAGAAUGAUCCUUAUCAUUUUCUCCUUGUCUUAUAGUGUUUUCAUUUUGUUAACGUCAGCUGUGAUCUUUGCUUUUAAAAUAGUCAAAGGGAUUUAUUUUCAUGUUACAUUUAAUAUUAUAAAAGAAUAAUCUAUAAUGAAACAAAGGGAUUUAUUUUUAUGAGUAUUUUAAGAUUUCUAUCUGAGUUAAUGUGAACAUUGAAAAGGGGAUGGAGAAAGUUGAGGUUUGUUUCUUAAAUCUAUCGUUAUUUUUGCUUAACUUGUUUUUUAUUUCACAAGAGCAUAUCUGAUUUUCAGUGUCCAGCAAAACUUCUUUUAACCCCUUGAGUUGAUGUGGUACCUCGCACUGUUGCCAUGGUCACCCCAUCUCUUUAGCAACUGAGAGAUUUCAUUGUCAAGCUGAAAUUGAGAGAGAUUUGCUCAGAGGCAACAUCAGGAAACGAUUAGUUGCCAUGUUAAAACCCUCGCUCUUUUUUUCUUUUUUUUAUGAAUCAUAAAAAGAAACUGUCCCCCCCACCCCACCCCACAUAUCGACUUGUAAAGGCAUCAAAUGAGAUGUGGUAAUGGGUACACAAUUAAGAAGCCCUGCAGAGCUUUAAAGUGGAACCUGAUUUACAAAGCUCUCGUGCUCAGAGUACAUUUCCAUUGGGAUGCUGUGUUCUCAA